AUGCCCCUCCGCACUUCGGUCUCGGAUACUUGGCCACGCUCUCAGCCGCCAAGCUAUCAUGUACAACCUCCUACCCCGGCGAGAGGUUCGCCGGCGCACACCCCCCGUCGCUCCGGCGUAGGUUCGCCAGCCCAUACUCCCCGACACCGUCAAGUUUGGGAGGCGCCUGGCGUCUCUCAUUCGCCUUCGGGCUCUGGCACGACUACCCCGCGCCAUGCGUACAAGAUGAGCUCCAGCAGCAGCACUCAUUCGCUGCGGCACAGCAGCUCGAACGGCUCACUGCGCGGUAUGAGUAGAUCUGGGUCACACACCUCGCUCGGCACCUCGCCAUCGUACCUCCCCCGCUCGCGGUCUAUGAACCAGCACCUCGUCUACUCGCACUAUCCGUCUCCCGUCACAGAGAUGAUGGAAGUCGUCGAUCCCAUCCAGCACCGUCCUUCGCCACCGAGCUCGCACCUCGCCAGUUCCGGAAGUGCAGACGAGCCCGAGACCGAGUACGAGAGCGACGAGAUGGCCGAGAUGGAACACGGAUUCGAUCCGCCAUGCCAGUUCUACGGAUAUCCUGCCAGCGAGACACUUUACGCAGCCAGUACUUGCGAGUGCUGUGUACCAGUGCACACCCAUACCCACCAUACGCCGGGCUAUGGACUCGUCCUGGCUAACGAGCACUACCCCCACCCCCACCUCCACGAGACCUAUUCCACGCCCCCUCGGAGCGGCAUGCUGACGGGCUUCGCGCACAGACUGUUCUACGACUACAUUGCCCCUCACCUCCCCGAGGACCUCCAGGCGAUUAUCGCCGACCCGCCCGACCUCCGCCGUCCCGACUCGCUCGUUCCCCUCCUCCGCGUCAUUGCCCCGUACGCGCAGUACCUCAUCUUCCUCCUCGCCCUCUAUAUCGUCUACGCCUUCGUAACCGGAAUGGUGAGCUACGCGGCCCGUUUCAUCCGGUUCUGUUUCCGCAUCGGUCCCGUGAUUGCGAUCAUCGCGUGGAUCAUGGCCGCAUCUGGACAGGGAGGCAUUGAAGUCGUCUACGAAGCGCUCAAGUCUUAUGCCGGCCUCACUCCAACCGACGGCGGGGCGGCUGGUCGUGCGCGCGCCCGCGGGGCGCGCCAGUACGGGCACGGCCAGUACCAUGCCAAUCCGCGCACCCGGACGCAUCGGCGCAGGCAAGAACCGCAGCCCGAUAUCCUCUCGGCUAUAUUCGGGAACCCGGCAACGGGACAGGAGGGCGUCGCGAGUAACGUGCAGGACUAUGUGCGGGCUGCUGUCGCCAAGGGAUUGGGGCUUGAGUGGCUCGUGGGGAAGAAGGAGGAGGGGAAGAAGAGCAAGACUCGCUGA